UGCAUCAGCAUCUCUAUCUCUGUUGUGUUUGGUUUUGAGAGAGACUACUUGAAUCUCUGCUUCAUCUUUGUGUUAGAGAGAGAUGGAGUACUAUACAAAUGAUCACCAUGGUUUAUUGAAAGAGUUACUAUGUCUGGAUCAUUGCACAAAUCAAGAAUCUUACCCAAAUACUUAUAUUAACAUCCCUUCAACAAAUGAUUGCUUCCAAAACCUCUCGUCCUACGCCGACGAGCUAUCACCGCCCGACUUCACUGUCGAUUCCUCCACUUUCAGCCUCCAUCCCCAAACGCUCCCUUACCACUUCACAUACGGCCUCCAAAAUACGGAUACCGGGGCCCCAUGUGAACCCCAACCCGUAUCCGAAACCCCCAUUUUCAACAUCGGACUAUUUUGCCCUGAGAAGAAGAAGAAGAAGAAGCUCAAUGGCCAGCCGUCGAAGAACCUCAUGGCGGAGAGGCGGCGCCGGAAGCGCCUCAACGACCGCCUCUCCAUGCUCAGAUCAAUUGUUCCCAAAAUUAGCAAGAUGGACAGAACAUCGAUUUUGGGAGACGCCAUAGACUACAUGAGAGAGCUGCUGGAGAGAAUCAACAAAUUGCGAGAGGAAACGCAUUUGGGGGAAAAUCAAUUGAGCGUCAUGAGCAUAUUCAAGGAUGCCAAACCUAAUGAUUGUUCGCCCAAGUUUGAAGUGGAGAGAGGAAAUCUGGAUACGAGAAUCGGGAUUAGGUGCGAGACGAAGCCAGGAUUGUUGCUGUCAAUGGUGACCACAUUGGAAGCAUUAGGGCUGGAGAUUCAUCACUGUGCUAUCAGCUGUUAUAAUGACUUUGCUCUGCAAGCCUCUUGCUCAGAGGAUUUGAAGAAGAAGAUGGCGAAUUUGGAUCCAGAAGAGAUAAAGCAUUCGCUUCUCAGAAACGCAGGAUAUGGCGGGAAGUGUGUGUAGCAUAUUAUUGGUUGGAUUUGUUUUGAUUUCUCAUUUCUGGAUAUAUAUUCUCUCUUUUUGGGGAAUCUGUUUCCUUUUUCUGGAUUCUAUUGGUAGUGAUGAAAUCACACCUUCGUUAUUAUCUAAAAUAAAUGGAUUCUCUUAGGGACAA